GGUGAUGCUUCGUUUUCUGAGCAGAACACUGCAACUAACAAGACAUUCAUUCAGUCCACUGGGGAGACAACCGUGUUCAGCCAGAGCAAAAAAGCCAACGUUGACUUUAUUCACCAAGAAACCAUGCUGUCUAUGUGAUCAAGCAAAAAAAGUGCUUGAGCCAUAUAAGAGAAGAAUAAAACCGUUUCGAGAAAAGCAAUUACCUAAAUAG